ACCAACCCAAAGAGUCGCCGGCCCAAGCAGAGAGCAUCGCGAUUCACACCAGCGCGAGGAGAGGAAGAGGAGCCGCAGCCGCAGCCGCCGAACCACCCCGAACCGCGGAGGCCCGCUGCCCCGCCCGCCGCCCCCCGCGCCCGCAUGGCACCGAAGCGCCCCGCCGCGGCGCCGUCGGGGUCCGCGUCCGAGGCCUCCGACGCGGAGGCGGACGCGCCCCUGCACCACCCGUCCUCCCCGUCGCCGUCCAAGACGCCGCCGCCGCCCAACCCUAACCCUAAGUCGUCCGCCGCCGCCGCCGCUGCCAUGGCGGCAGAGGACUCAGCCGCGGCCGGAUCCGACUCCGGGGCCGCCUACGACUCCGACGCGGACCAUCGCCCCGCGCUCCGGAAGGAGGGCGCCGCGGCGUCGCCGUCGCGCAGGCCCAGGAGCCCCAGGCCGCCCUCCCGCUCCCGCUCCCCGGACGCCGCCUCCGAAUCCGACGGCGCGGCCUCCGACGCCGACCCUGCCGCCGGCGACGGCGCCGACUCCGCCGACGACGGCAACGCCUCACCGCUCCCGGCCCCGCGCCCGCCCCGCGGGGAGGCCGCCGCCAUCAAGCCCCUCAGCUCGCGCCCCAUGGACCCGCCACGCCACUCCAUGGUCCCCUCCUUCACGGAGCCGCGCCGCAAGCGCCCCCGCAGCGUCGCCGUCCCGUCCUCCGUGGAGCAGCUCAAGAGGCCGUCGCGGCUCUGGAGCCCCGCCGACGAGCUCGUCAUCCUUCGCGGCCUGGCCGCGUGCCGAGCCAAGCGUGGCGUUCUCCCCGGAUCCAUGCAUGACAUUGCUAAGUUCCACGGCCACAUCGAGAGCGAGCUCAGUGUUCAGGUAACCGUGACGCAGGUCAGUGACAAGGUACGGCGUCUCAAACAGAAGUACAACCUUUUUGCAUCCCGUGCCAAGAAUGGGAGGGAUCCAGACUUGCCCACCCCGCAUGACCAGAGUGUCUAUGAGCUUGGUAAGAGGGUUUGGGGGACAACUGAUAUUGCUGGUGGAGGAAGUACUGCUGGUGAUGGGUAUGAGAUUAGUGGUGGUGGUGGUGAGAGCGAAGAGGAACGUGAGAUUGGAGAGAGUGAUGAGGAUGAGGAUAGUGGAAGGGAUGACCGUGCCCGAAAGAACAGGAGGUUGAGGCCAAUCACUAUGGCAAAUGGAAAUGUGGCAGGUUUUGGGGCUGUGAAUGUGAAUAGCAGAGGGAAAUUUGAUUUUGAGAAGGGAAAGGAUGCGUAUCCAUACCUUUGGGAGACUGUUGAGGAUCUGUCAAAGGAGCACCCGCAUGGGGUGGCAUUCAAGAAGGCCUUUGAGUUGAUUGAAGGUCCCAAAGCUCGUGGGAUGGAGGAAAAGCUGCGGAAGUUCAGGUUGACAGAGAUCAGACACCAGCUGCGCCGGAUGGAACUGAUGAAGGAGACAGUGAAGAUGGUGCUUGAUGCAUUGGAGGGUUGACUAAGGAGUAAUGGGUGAUCUUUGGUGGGUGAGUAGUGCACUGUUAAAAGGAGCAAUCGGUAUCUUCUUUUGUUUCUAGAUAGAGUUUCUGUGGAUGAAUUACUUAACUUUUGUGGUCAAGGUGCACUUGCCUCAGUGAGAAUCUAGUUGCAGAGCAAGGAGUAAUACUGCUCUUCUUGUUCUUGGUGGAUCUUGUAUUUUGUGUCGCUUAGGUGCUAACUUACGCGUUAUAUGGUAUACAAUUUCUGUUUUUAGUUAAGUUUGGUACUUCA